AUGCAGGGAGGAGGUUUCCUUGUGAGCAAGAAUUUCGAAGCCAAAGCACCCAGCGCGAGCGAGAUGAACGUUAUUAGUAUCAUCUUUGGUUUCGGUCUGGCAGUGGCCAUGUUCACUGCAGCAACAGCUGGCCAGCAGACACUCGACGCUCGCAGGAGGGGCAAGAUGUUCACCACAUAUACUAUCAUGAUCUGGGCAGAAUGGAUUUCGGCCAUGUGUAUUGGACUCAUCACAUAUAUGUGGCUUUCGGGCGCCAUAAAGGCCAGGUUAGUGUUCCUUUCCAGUGUCUUGUUGUUCUUCUGGACCAUAUCGCUCCAAUGCAUCCUUCAGAUCAUCAUCAACCGAAUCUCUGUCCUUAUGGUCAGGAAAAAUGCAGUCAGACUAAAGAUCAUUGUUUGUCUUCUCACGCUCGUGAUUAACAUCAGUGCUUUUCUUGUCUGGCUUCCCGCCCUUCUCCAGAUUAACAAAACAUGGAUCAUUAUCAACGUCCACUGGGAUCGAGCGGAAAAGGCAUGCUUCCUCGUCAUGGAUGGCGGGCUCAACGCGUACUUCAUCUAUCUCGUGCGUACCAAAUUGAUCGCCAAUGGACUCCAGAAAUACAACCGACUCUUCUAUUUCAACAUUAGCAUGUCAAUGCUGUCACUUUCCCUGGACUGCAUCUUGAUAGGAUCGAUCUUUCUUCCAGGUCCCUAUGUCAACGUUCAGUUCUACACUUUGACCUACCUCCUUAAGCUCUAUAUUGAGAUGAACAUUACCAUUCUUAUUGGCAAGAUCGUCAAGAGCACUACUACAAUCAGCUUCGGUGCUAGUAAAGCUGCGCCGGUAUCUGGCACAAAUGAUUACCAAUUGAACAUUAUGGCUAGGCGAAACGGGCGUAUGCGCCUACCAGACGAGGAGCUUGCUAAGGAUAAUUCCACCUUUACUGUCGAAGAGAGGAUUACCAAGACUGUCGACACCGACAUUACACAUGAUUAGCACGAUUAUGAUGUUGUCAGUCAGAGCAGUUCAAUUAGCUAGAAUGAAUGGGUAUGAAUUCAGCAAGACUACUCGAGUACUAAGAAAGAAUGCGUAGCACAGUCGUAGCUUUCUUUGCCAAGAAGUCUUCCAUCCAUUAAGCAUUAAAUAGCAACAAUUUGGAAAUUUAGUCGCGUG